GAGGGACACACGGCCCGGAAGCGCUCCGGGAAGGCGCUGCCGCCGCGCGGGCGUUUCCGGGUGCCGCCUCUCGUCCCCUCGCCACGCCGCAUCCCGCCCGCAGCGCCCUCAGCCCCGCAGCCCCGCAGCCCCGAGCCGCUCCGCGCUCUCCUCGCCUCUCUCCGUGCCCUCGAUGUCGCCGCGGGGUUCCCGGGGGCCGCUGCCGCCCUUGCUGCUGGUGUGGGCGCUGGCGGCCUGCGCGGCGCGGGCCUCGGAGAUCACGUUCGAGCUGCCCGACAACGCCAAGCAGUGCUUCUACGAGGAGAUCGCCCAGGGCACCAAGUGCACCCUCGAGUUCCAGGUGAUCACUGGAGGUCAUUAUGAUGUUGAUUGUCGGCUGGAAGAUCCUGAUGGCGUUGUACUUUACAAAGAGAUGAAGAAACAAUAUGACAGCUUCACAUUUACUGCGUCCAGAAAUGGAACAUACAAGUUCUGCUUCAGCAAUGAGUUCUCUACUUUCACACACAAAACUGUGUACUUCGAUUUCCAGGUUGGAGAAGAUCCCCCACUGUUCCCUAGUGAGAACAGAGUAACUGCACUUACCCAGAUGGAGUCUGCAUGUGUUUCAAUUCAUGAAGCUCUGAAGUCUGUCAUCGAUUACCAGACUCACUUCCGCUUGAGAGAAGCACAGGGCCGCAGCAGAGCGGAGGAUUUAAACACAAGGGUGGCCUAUUGGUCAAUAGGGGAAGCAAUCAUUCUUCUUGUCGUUAGUAUCGGGCAGGUAUUUCUCCUUAAAAGCUUCUUCUCAGAUAAAAGAACCACGACAACACGUGUUGGAUCGUAACUGGUAGCGGUAAUGCUUCAGGUGUAUUACUCAUUUAGAUUAGUGGUUCUUCAGUUAACUGUAGGUACAGAGGUCUGAAUAUAUGCAACAUUCAAAUGUGUAUACUCCUUAUCUCUUAAAAAUCACAAAACAGACCCAAAAUGUUAUAAAAGGGACACAUAAUUUGAAAUAUUUUUAAGGAUCCCUUGGAAUUUCAGUGUUUCAAUCCCUGUAUUAAAAUAUCUGGUAAUGUCUAUUCUCUCUUUGUUUCUACUGAUACUAAUCCAAACCAAGUUUGAUUUUUACCACUAUUAGCCAUCUCCAGUGUAACACUUUAACCCAACAGUCUCAUGUCUGAUACGAGAGAUGAUAUACAUGAAAAUCUCACUUGAUUUUAAUUUUCAGGCUGAAUAUCUUGGAUUAUAAAAAAGAAAAUGYGAUUAACUGUAGAGCACUGUUUUCAUUUGCUUUUUUCAAAAAAAUCCAGUCAUACCCCUUGCUUAUUUGUAAAAUUUUUGAAAGCUUGGCACUACAUUGUGGUGCAAUUCUUCAUCAGCCUGGAAAGUCUCCAUCUUYAGACUUUGCUGAAUUUUAUACUUCAUUAUAAUAGUUUAAACACACAUUCUUCUGUAUUAAAAUAAAUACAUAUUCUCUUCUGCAAUAUUUGGUUUACUGAAGAAAUUGUAAGCUGAGACUACUCAGGAAAUCCACUUCUGCAUACAAAAAAAAAAUCCAAAUUUCCAAGUUUAUGUAAAAAACAUGCAGUACAAUAGGGAGUCUUGCAACUUUGUCAUUGAAACCGUGCAGUACUCGUAUAUGCUGCUGCUGCUUUUUUGGAUUUAAGACCAGAAGUAGCUUGUUUUAGUAAGCAGCACAGCACCAGCACUGGAUGAGGUUAUAUUAUGUGUUAGGCGCAUACAAAGCUUUUCACUAAUUUUUUUCCUGUUAAGAGGGCAGUUUGAUAUUGAUACUGCAUUGCGCAAGGGCUGUAGAUUUUCCUCUGUGUGGUGCACUGAGACAUGACGCCCUUGUGCAUCUAAUUGCCACUCUAUUUUGUUAGUUGUCAGGAAAUGUUUUAAAUAUUUCAGGUUAUGUUUUUUUAUAGAGUUAUUGGAGUUACAUUGUUUUCACUGCUCAUGUCUUCAGUAGCUAUGUACUGUAAAUUUCUGUUAUAUUUGGUGUGGAAAGUAGUAAAUGUAUGUACAUACCCAUAGCUUGAAUUGAGCUGGUCAUAGUAAGGCUAAACUCUUUCAAAUGGCUCUGGAAGAAAAAGUAGGCUGACCAAUUCUUAAAUGCACACAAAAUAAACUAAAGUGAAAAAUUUGUCAUGUGUAACUAGCUAAAUCAAAAAAUGCUUCUUAUACAAGUUCUUGGCAAGCAGAGAAAGACUGCUAAACCCAUAUUAAUUGCCUAUAUUAUUUCUAGGAAAAAUUUAAAAUUACAUAUUCAAGUGACACUUGACCACUCCAAAGAAUUGAUUGAAGAUGAYUUGAUUUUAAAAUCAUGUCAUGGCUGAAAAUAAUAAAAGUGCUCCUACUCUGUUGUGAACUGAAUGACUACUCUUUUGGAAACAAGGAAAACAUCAGAAAGCUCAAAGAUUAUUUAAAAGGCCAUGGAGGUGUUAAUUACCUCUAAGUAAAAUUUGGCAUGUAAAGUUCUGCUGUUCUGUACUGAAUUUUGAAUGCUACAAUCCCAUUUUGGGAUGCAGGUUCCCUUAAAAUAGUUAAACCCACUAAUAGGAGAAAACAAAAGAGUCUGCUUUUGUCUUGUGAUAUAAAUCUGUGCCUGCACACAACAUUCUUGAUUGUACCUCUGUGCUUUCUUCUUGUGUUUCAGCAACUGAUAUCUAGUACUUUUUGUGCUGAAUUACACACAGUAAUUAAGCAAGUGGUAYACUUUGGGUUCAAGUGUCAAAUGAAAACGAUUUGUUUUUGCUAGUGUUCACUAUUAUUUUCUGGGUUUGAAUAUUAGUUACGUAGCUUUAAUCACAACAAAGGCAUUUGUUUUAAGGCUUGAGAUGUGUUGAGUUUUUUCCACUGAGUGUUUUGUGUGCUGGCAAAAUUGGUAAAUAGUGCUAUAAAAUUGAUGAUGAUCAGCUAUUGCAUACAUGUCUCCUUAUUCUUUCCUAAUGUUUGAAUGUGUAAAGUGGGACUGUUCAAUUCAAUAUUACUCCCACGGCAGAGGUUUAGUGAACUUGACUUUUCCACUGAAGUUAGGUGUCUGAACCAAUGCUAUGGCAUCCUGCUGCAUAAAUUUGCAGCACCAGCUUAAAAAUGCCUUUAUUUUUGUGUUGUUAAAAACAUGGCACAAAUAUACAUGUUUAAACGUAGCUGUAUAUAGUUUUUAAAAUAACUGACUAAUAGGAUAUAAUAAAACACAUGCUAACACGCAGUGGGUGAAGAAGUGCAUUGUGACCUUUGGUUAAAGCUGCACCUUUUUAAUGUAUGAACAGCUUGGUUAAUGGUUUGAUACACAAGAAAACACGCUGCGUUAAAGGGGAUAUAACUGUGUUUUUAAUUGCUAAAGGCUCUGUUUUUCAGCUGUGCAUUGGAUGUUUUAUGUUUACAAGAUAUCUUUUCGUGUCCUGAAAUGUCGGUUCUUUAGUUUGUGGGUGUGGGGGGAAAAUUUAGUUUGAAUAAGACAAAAAGCAGACCCUGUGAAUAUUGUAUGGGGAAAUAAAAAAAUUAAUAUA